AUGAGGAAGAAACGUUGAGAAUAACCAGGCUCAGAAUGGAACCCAAUUGUGCUCUUCCUUUUCAUUGCAUACACCAGAGACAUGAUAAUGUUUGGCCUUUUAUUUGGCCCAGCAGAGUGAUAUCAGGCUUCACCUGCAGUUUAUACAGUAUCUGUGUCUAAAGAAACAUACUCCAGGUGUUGAUUAUAUUAAGUAAAAUAUAUUUCUUUCAGGGAGGGGGCAACACUUGAAAAAUCACACAUUACAGUAUUAUUGAACAUGAUAAAGAAUGUCGAAAAUGAAUACAAUGAGAAACAUAUGUGGGGGGGGCACACCUCCAGGGUCGGGGUUCGAUUCCCGCCUCCGCCUUGUGUGUGUGGAGUUUGCAUGUUCUCCCCGUGCCUCGGGGGUUUCCUCCGGGUACUCCGGUUUCCUCACCCGGUCCAAAGACAUGCAUGGUAGGUUGAUUGGCAUCUCUGGAAAAUUGUCCGUAGUGUGUGAGUGUGUGAGUGAAUGAGAGUGUGUGUGUGUGUGUGUGUGUGUGUGCCCUGCGAUGGGUUGGCACUCCAUCCAGGGUGUAUCCUGCCUUGAUGCCCGAUGACGCCUGAGGUAGUUCAGAUAAGCGGUAGAAGAUGAAUGAAUGAAUGAAGGAUGAGAAACAAAUGUACUAGUGUAGUAGUACUAGCUAAAUACAAAAUGGAACAAGAUAAGUCCAAUUGUUCAGCAGAAUACUGGUCAAUUUAUUUCUUCACUUAACCGUAAUAAACACAAUACACUAACUGGGGAAACCAGGUACACACCAAAUAAAAAAGCAUUUAAAAACAUUACAGUUUAUACGGCCCUUCAGCUUUCAGCUGGUCGACAACAGAGAUAAAGUUGUUGGCCACAAAGUGUGAAAACUGGAGGUUUUGUUCCUAAUUUGGAUGGGUGUUUCCUCUUAUGCUUGUAUUGCGUAGAUCUUACCCAGCUCACAAAUAUGUCAGUGCUGGGUAAUGUGCAAGUCUGACUGGCAGGCAAUGUAGGCAAUCCCGAAGAGAGCGAUGAGGCUGGCCCAGUAGUGUGAGGCUGUACCUGACUGGAGGGCAUUUUUUUGUUGGUCCUCUCCUUCAACAGCUACGUCCCUGCCGUGCCUCGCAGGGCUGCACAGUGGGAGCCAAGCUGCACAGUGGGGACCUGAACGUUACGAUAAAGUUUAUUAAAAUGUCCUGUAUUUCCUUUGUUAAAAGUAUACAGACUACAUUUGUGUACCUGGAAUCAUUAGGAAGAGCUUUGUGGAAUCCCUCCAGACUGUUGCUUCCACGCAGACAUUUGUAGUAGGGUACGUCCACGGCUUUGAUGGUCAUGCUAUGUGCCACUCUGUACAUGCUAUCUUUUGGAUCCUGGAUGCACUCCAGGUGUCGCUGCUGACUUGCCCACACCUUAUCAUUGGCCUCUGUAAAUACACACAGUCCAUACAUUCAUACAGUAUAUGUUCACUUAGUAUACCAUGCUGUCAAUACUGAGCUUUUUUUUCUUUUACUCAAAAGUGUUUUGAAGAGGCUCACUCCACUCUUUUCCAGCCCAGUGGGACCUUUUGAUAAGUUUCCUGGGCCCCAAGGGUGACCCUCUGCAUAUGGUGUUUGAGCUGCUCCCUGGAAACCUAGUGCUGGACAACAUUCUGGUCCGACUCAGAUUUCAGGGCUGCCGGAUCUUUAUCUCUCAGGGCCUUGACAAGCAGCUCCAGGUGAGAGCAGCUCUCUUGUAGGCAGUGGAGCCUGGAAUGUGUGCCCCCAAACAAAAGUCACACUACGAUCUUGUCCACACCAUGUCUGUAAAUAGAGUCACAGUCAAUAUAUGGAUUUAUCAAUCAUUUCAAUGGUUUGAUUUGUGUACUGCUGCUACUUCAAAUGUUAUUAAAUGCACACAUUUUAUUCAGCCUACACACUUGCUAGGCUCGAUGAGCCUCACUCAGCUGUGAUAGAAUAGCAUAAUAGAAGAAAUAUAUGAUGAAUAUAUAUAUAUAUAUAUAUAUAUGGUAUCCUAGUGGUUAAGGCAUUGGACUACUGACCGGAAGGUCACGAGUUCGAAUCCCAGGUCCACCAAGCUGCCACUACUGGGCCCCUGAGCAAGACCUGUAACCCUCAAUUGCUCAGUUGUAUAAAUUUAAAUAAAUUGUAAGUCACUCUGGGUAAGGGUGUCUGCUAAAUGCCGUAUAUUCAUUAGAUACUAUUUCAUUGGAUACUAUCUCGGUAACUGCUGCUAUAACACUGUGUUCAUUUCAGUAUUUCUGCACGUCUAACUUUCUCUUUUGUCUUUUGUGUAUUGUCUUGUAAUUUUUUAUUUGCACUGUCUUUUGUACUGCACUGUCAUUUCUGUCCUGUUUGUCUUGCACUGUUUGCACUAGGUUGCACAGUUGCACUUUAGGGGGCUAGGACUACUUACUAAGUCCUUAGCUCUGUCUUUGUUUUGUGUGGCAACAUGGUCCUGGAGAAACGUUGUCUCAUUUCACUGUGUACUGCAACAGCUAUAUAUGGUUGAAACGGAGCCAGGCCAGCCACGGAUGCCCGAGGCCCCUACGGUACCUCGGCCCGACCCAGGCCUGUGUACGCCGGUGACCGAACCCGUCCACAUGGGUGCCAGACCGGAGAGCUCGGGCGAGGCCCGGGGGAACCGGCUGAUCGCCAAGCUGGCGGACACCCCGAUGGUGCCGGUUCAGGUGGCCGGCAUCCCUACGGCCCUGGCUGGAGCACCUAAGGCACCUGAAGCACCCGAACCCGCCGACGCACCCGAACCCGCCGACGCGCCCAAACCUGCCGAAGCGCCCGAACCUGCCGAAGCGCCCGAACCCGCUGAGACACCGGAUCCGACCGGGCCGACCGGGUCGACGGAACCGACCGGGUCGACAGAACCAGCCGGACCGACCGGAUCGACAGAACCAGCCGGACCAAUCGGGUCGACGGAACGGACCGGGUCAACCGAGCCAGCCGGACCGACCAGGUCAACAGAACCAGCCGGGCCAACCAGGUCGACAGAACCAGCCGAACCGACCGGGUCAAUGGGUCCGACCGGGUCAACCGAGCCAGCCGGACCGACCGGGUCAACGGAACCGACCGGGUCAACAGAACCAGCCGGGCCUACCAGGUCGACAGAACCAGCCGAACCGACCGGGUCGACGGAACCAGCGAGUAUGGUUGCGCCCAAGCCCCGUAGACUCUCUGUCCUGCCUGAAGCGCUUGAUACCGAAUGGCUCUUCCUAUCUGCUCUAUCAAUCCCCAGUUUUGUCUCCCUGUCUCUGUCAGUCUCUCUGGUCACCCUGGCCUCCGGUCCUGCUCUGGUCGCUGGCUCUGCCUGCGGCACCACCCUGGUCUCCAGUCCUGCUCUGGUCGCUGGCUCUGCCUGCGGCGCCACCCUGGCCUCCGGUCCUGCUCUGGUCGCUGGCUCUGCCUGCGGCGCCACCCUGGUCUCCAGUCCCGCUCUGGUCGCUGGCUCUGCCGGCUCCGCCCUGGCCUCCUGCUCUGCCAGCUCCGCCCUGGCCUCCAGCUUCGCCGGCUCUGCCCUGCCCUCUGCCGCCACAUGGACCUGGCCCGCCUUCCCGCCCCCUGUUCCGCCUCCGCUCCACCACCCUCCGGUUCUGCGUUGGAGUGUCUGGAAUCCACUCCUGGGGGGGGCUCUGUAAUGAGUCUGUCUGUGUUUCUGUCCUGUUUCUGUCUGCUGUCUUUCCCGGUUGUUAAUUGUUUGCUCCGCCCACUCUUUGGUUUCCAUGGACAUUAAUUGUACUCCUUCUCUCCUUCAGGUGUGUUGUCUUUGUCUCUGAUUGUUUCUGCGCUGUGAUUGGUUCCUGUCUGUUAUUUAUACUCUGUUUGUUCACUUCCCUGGUGUUGGUCGUUAUUGCAUGUUGGAUGUUGGUGUGCCUGUUCCCGUUUCCUGUUAGCCCUGUUUGUUGCCUUGUUCUGUCUGCCUGUCUGUUCAGCUGCAUUUGUGUUUUGAAUGAUUAAAACUCAAAAAUCUGCAUUUGGAUCCUAACUCGCCUUUGUCCUGCAACGUAACAUCAGCUCUGCGCUUGUCAUGUAUUCUGCAAUUAAAACAAACAGUAUUUUGCAAAUAUUUACACUGGUAAUAGCUGUAAUUAUGCAAAAACCUACACAUGUAUGUAAAAAAAAAAUUUAAGCAUGCCAUAAAAAUGCAUAGACUAUAAAUGUUUUAAAUGUAAUAUACUUACAUGUAACAUGUUAAUUUUCAUGAUGCAUCGGUGCGGGGAUCCCCUCUUCCACAAGGAGCUUCUCUCCAUGGGCCAGGGUGGUCUAGAGGUUCAGCAACACCAGUGGAGGUCUGGUGACUUUGCUGGCCAGUCAAGAACACCAACACCAUGGUCAUUUAACCAACUUUUGGUGCUUUUGCAGUGUGGGCGCAUGCCAAAUCCUGAGGAAGAUGAAAUCAGCAUCUUUAAACAGCUGGUCAGCAGAAGGAAGCAUUAAGUGCUCUAAAAUUUCUUGGUAAAUGGGUGCAGUGACUAUGGUUUUCAAAAAACACAGUGGACCAAAACCAGCAGAUGGCAUUGCACCCCAAAUCAUCAGAGACUGUGGAAACUUAACACUGGACUAAAAGCAACUUGAGCUAUGAGCUUCUCUUCUUGGGUUUUUGUGAAAUGUGAGCCAAAAUCAUCACAAUUAAAAGUACCAAAGACUUAAACUACUUCAGUCUUUGUGUACUGAAUUUAUAUAAACAUAAGUUUCACUAUUUGAGUUGAAUUACUGAAACAAAUGAACUUUUCCACAACAUACUAAUUUAUUGAGAUGCACCUGUAUGUACAUGCAAUUAUUAGGCAAAUUAUAGGUAUGCUUUAUUGAUCAAUAAAGCAUUUAUAAUGACAUUUAUAAACUGGUUGCUAAUGCCUAGUAAUAUAAAAACAAUACUUUGUAAAUAAUUAAUUAAGUAUUUACUCAUGCUUAACUAAUGCCUAAUAGUGUGCUGUUAUUAUAAAGCGUUAC